AGAAAUCAAUCCAAUAAUCUUUUUAUUGUCAGUCAAAUACUGUUUUGGAUAUCUUUAAUCAAAAUUGCAAACAUCUAUUUUGGGCAAUCGAGAAAUUAUGGCAGAUAUACACGAGCUGAUUGUGACGUGCAUAAUUUUUUUUACCAGGUGUAUUUGCUUUUUCGAUCCAUUCACCCUCUCAAAAAGGAUGCCAUGGCUGCUUAUUUUUCACAACAUUAUGCUGUACUAUGUGAUCAAUAUGUUUAAACAUCUGGCUCAAGAUACUAUUAACUCUCCUGGUCCUGUAAACACGUUCUACUAUUUACCUCUGGUGUAUGAGGAGCCUGCUGGUUCGGAAUCAAAUCACAGUUGGCAUGAAAUUCUUAGGUCUUCCAGCUGGCUCUUUUUCGAGUCCCUGUUCCGCCAUCAUUUGGCCCUGUUGUUGCCGUUUAAUUUGGCCCUCCUGGUUCCCCGCUGCAAGUUGGGCUUCAUUAGCUCUUUGGUGCUAUUGUCUAACCUGGUGAUGUUCGGAUGCUUCGCUACGGCCAUCUGCCAGCUGGUGAUUUUUACCAGCCAUGCUGCCAGCCUGCGCCUCCUCACGAUUCUGUGCCUGGGCCCCAUGUGUCAAAUGCUCCUGGUGAUGCGCCUCCUGGUCCGCAUUUGGUACAGUAUGUGGAUUGUUGUUUGAGGAGCAUAAUUUCGUACCUCAGCCGUCAUAAUCAGUCUCCGUAGCCCGAAGUUAGUAGCUGCAAUCAAAGCAAUAAACCAACCAAAGCAACCGGCUGGGUUCACUGGGAAACGCAACCGAAAAUCACUUUCACUCCGCAAACUGCCAAACUGCAGCCAUUUAUGACAGCCCAGCAGAAAGGAGGGCUGGCCGGCGAACUCCUGGAACGUGUGUGGUACAAGGGCCAAAAUCGCAUAACUAAAUUGUUGCUAAAAAGUUGAACAAAUAUUGAGGUCAGCAGAAUGUCGAGUAGAGUCUCGAGCGGGCAGCAUUGUUGCUGGUGCAAACUGUUUGCUAGCCUUUGGCACAAACUUUUGACACGCUCCCCGGCCCCGACGCCAGUCGGACUCGGAUCCGGAUCCGGAGCCUUUGCCGUGGCCGUUGUCGUCGUCGUAGCCGUGACUCUGAGUCCAGAGUUGAGCUGGGGGGGAGGCUCAAUGAAGAGGCUCGCCCUGAACGAAAAAUAUUCAAUGAAAAUCGGCAGUCGGGUCUGUCGACUCUUUGUCAAUAAUACAAAAUGGAAAAAAUGAGUUGUUGCUGUUCGAGUUUGCAUGGUGCAAUGCAGACGUCGACGCAGCCCGGGGGUCCGGUUGCGAUGCCGUCUGUCCCGACAGCCCACUACCGACAAGAGCAUUGCCAAGUUGUGUGUUGUAUUUACGUUUUCCUUGGUAAUAAUUAAAUUUCAGGAUCUUAAAAGCGAUAUUCGCAAAAAAUGCAACAAGUAGGAUUUUAGUCUUGAAUCGACAUAAACCAAAUUAUAAAAGCAUUAAGAAGGAAUCAGGAACUUUAAGCUGGAAACACUUUUCUUGUUAAAACACUAUAACCAACAAAUGAACUUAAAUAAAAUAUGAUACUUUGUA